GCUCUGCCAGGUCGUCAUCCCUCCUCGCCGGCGCUGGCGUCGUGGUCAUGCACAGCUGCAUUGCUGCUCUCCUCCUUGAGCUUCUGCAGAUACAGCGUGUUGAUCCGGGUCAGCAGCUUGGCGGCAACAUCGAGCAGCUGGCGGCGGUCCAUGGCAGGCGCCGACUGCUGCUGCACAGCCUCCCUCGGCUGGUCGGCAACCAUGCCAGCGCGCUGGCGCAGGUACGACACGGGCUCGUCCGAGGUGUUGCCGACAGCGACAGACCGCUUGGCGUACGACUUUUGCACCAGGAUUGAUGUCUUGACAUCGGCGUUCUUGGCAAUAAAGCUGCGCUCGCUCUCCUCGGUGUCCUCGAGCUCAGGCUCGUCGACCUCCGAGGCAGCGACGGCAGCAUCUUGUCGGAGGUGCCGGCGAUCUCGAGGUCGGUCAGCUUCUCGGCGUCGAGCCACUCAUCGACUGCUUGAUCAGCUGGUCGAUGAACAUCGAGCGCCCGCCGACCUCGGUCAGGUCGGGCAGCAGCUGCAGCAGGCCCUCGUUGAGCUGCUUGAUCUCAGUGGCCGACUGCAGCGAGGCCGGCAGCUCGCUAAAGUUCAGGUUGUUGGCGUCGUACUGCUGCAGGAACGAGUACAGCUGGUCCUGACCUCUUGACUAGUCUCAUCGGUGCGGCACUUUUUGACCGUCUGCUGGAACUGCUCGAUCGCCUCGAUUCCGCGCUUGCCAUGGGCCAUGCUGUUCGGGUAGUACUGCGUGUCGGGGAUGUGCGGCACGUAUCCGUGGAGCGGCGAGACGUUUGUGGGCGUGUACGGCGAGUUGCGGCGGAAGUGUG